AUGAUGGUCCAUGUACCAGAAGCAGAUGUGCUCAAGUCAGCGCCUCGACAUCAACUCAGCGCCCGGUACCCUUCUCCAGGCGGCGAUAGCUCGGGGGAACCAGAGAAAGGCGCCAAGAAUCCAGAAGCCUGGGCCGGCCUCCAGCAGCAGCAGCACGCUCAACAGCAGGCGCUUCAGCCUCCCCAGCCCCAGCCCCUGGCUCACGAUCGCUGGCAGAGAUCAGACCUGCGCCUACAAUAUGCAGUCUUCGUCGCCUUUGCGGUGAGUGCAAUCCGCCUGGGUGCUGGGUUGGUGCUGACUUGGAAGGGUCGUACGGCUCCAGGUCAUGUUUUAUACGACUACGCCGGCCCAGGCUUCUGGCUAAGUGGCGCCUUUGUCUGGUACCCCAGCGUUAUCGCCGUCUGGAGAAGGGUCCCGGGCGCCCAGUUGAGGGCGAGGCGCUGGAAUGAGAUCACGAUGGCCGCAGUGUUGGUCCUCAUAGUCUACACGGUGGGCAACUUCGUCCUCUACUACAGGUACACGCACCAGUAA